GGACGGGGGUGGUCAGAGAGAGGUAGGGGCACUCAGAGAUCCAGCAGGUGCUGCACCAUGAGUGUCUCUGUCCUGAGCCCCAGCAGACUCCUGAGUGGUGUCUCCGGGAUCCUCCCAGCGGCCUCCCUGCUCAUUCUGCUUCUGCUGCUGAUCAAGGCAGCUCAGAUCUACCUGCACAGGCAGUGGCUGCUCAAAGCCCUCCAGCAGUUCCCGUGCCCUCCCUCCCACUGGCUCUUCGGGCACAUCCAGGAGUUCCAACACGACCAGGAGCUACAACGGAUUCAGAAAUGGGUGGAGACAUUCCCAAGUGCCUGUCCUCAUUGGCUAUGGGGAGGCAAAGUUCGUGUCCAGCUCUAUGACCCUGACUAUAUGAAGGUGAUUCUGGGGAGAUCAGGUGAGAUUGAACCCCCAUCCCAACUGCAAUGUCUCUUCCCUGUUGACACAUGACCCUGGGUCUGUCAAAUUCCAGAAGAGAGUGGCUGUUCAAACAUCAAUAUCUGAAACCUCU